GCUAACCAGUUAACCAUGACGAACACUGUGCUUUAUGGCUAUUGAUAAAUGGUCUUAAGAUCAUGUUUCAUGUAUAGUGUUGCCGUACAUAGAAUGAAUUGGCAUUUAUCACUCAAUCUUGGCUUAAACACGUGUAAGCAUGUUCCGUUGAUCCUAUAAGUUUUGGAUUUAUUGCUGACAGGGUUCAGCAUUGGUGUACACAACAUUGACAAAGAAAACACCUAGAAGAGUGCGAGUGCGCGCGGACGCUGAAAAUUUGACAUUUAGUGUGAGUAGACAAAAAGGGACAGAUGGCGGCAGCGUGGGUUUACAUUUCCGCAGGCCUUCUUAUUCACGGGCUUUUGAUGAUCAGCAUCUUUGACAUCUAUUUCGUCGUUCCUGUACUUCCGGUGAAAGAGUCCCGGAGUUCUCCACUCCCGCCGCCAGCGAAGCGCGUCGUGUUUAUAGUCGCCGACGGACUGCGAGCGGACAAGAUGUUAAUGCUCCUUCCUGAUGGAUCCACUCCGGCUCCCUUCAUAAGGUCCAUCUGCGAGGAGACUGGUUCCUGGGGCUUGUCGUUCGCUGGCAUCCCGUCGGCAACCAGGCCUGGACACGUCGCAAUGACAGCCGGGUUCUUCGAGGAUCCUACAUCCGUUGGGAAAGAUAUCGGCGGAGGAUCUAUAGAUUUCGACACAGUGUUCGCCGAAACUAAGUACACUUGGACUUGGGACACCCCGAAAUUCCUGGACCAUGUAGCAUUAGAUCACCCUGAUCGGAUCUUCUCUAAGCAGUUCCCGGGGGAGCGGAAGUACCUGGCCGGAAUCAACCCGAAAGACAUGGACAGCUGGGUGCUCGAUGAAGUGUCGAAAUUCCUGAAACGUGCGGAGACGGACGACACUCUGCAGGGGAAGAUACGUCAGGACCGCGUGCUGUUCUUCCUGCACCUCGGCGGCAUCGACCACGCCGGAUACAUCGUGCGGCCCCAGUCACCGGAGUAUCUACGUCACGUGACCUUCAUUGACAACGGCAUUAAGAAGACUGUGAAGCUGUUUGAAGACUUCUUCAAUAAUGACGGCCAGACAGCUUACAUCUUUACGUCCGACCACGGCAUGACAGACUGGGGUGCGCAUGGAGAUGGUUCCCUGGACGAGGUACAGUGUCCUCUGGUCGUCUGGGGUGCUGGAAUACAGAAGGCAAAGCCAGAAACCAGACUUAACUCCUUCAAAGACAAAAUAUCACAAGACUGGGGCCUGGAUAAGUGGGCAAGGAAAGAUAUUGAUCAGCGGAGCAUGGCGCCUCUGAUGGCCGCCCUCCUCGGAGUUCCGUAUCCUAAGAACGCUGUGAUGCCCGUACCCGAUGAGUACUUGGAUGUAUCGGAGGAACAGAGGGCUCAUAUCCGGUAUGCCAAUCUGCUGCAGCUGCUGGACAACUUCCGGCUCACAGAGGAAAACGUCUUCCAUGGGGUGCUUGCCUUCGACUUCCGCAAAUACAGAAAACUGUCAAAAGACAUAACUGACUCCAUCAAGACGGACAUAGAGGCAUUGAUAUUCCGCAAGGACUUUCAGCAGGCCAUCUCUAUGACUCGUGAGAAGAUUGAGCUAGUAGUGGAGGGCCUUCGACACUACCAGCAUUACAACACCAACACCCUCUGGUACUCUGUGUCGGCUAGUAUGGUGGGCUGGGUCGUGCUACUGGUGCUGGUGCUUCUGCAGUCGCAGAUACACUGGGAGGAAUCGUCCACCCGCAGUCCACUCGUACAGAACACGAAGCACAUCAUCCGACAGUGUGCCGCCGCCCUCGUGGCCUUUCAGCUCAUCUUCCUGUAUUCACAAUCCACAAGAAUCACCCAUUGUUUACAGUACAUUCUACCUGUUCCAAUUUGGACCGAGGCAAUUUUAAAGUGGUACGAGAUAGGUGAUAUUCGUCCUGUGCUGAGACAGCAGGCGGAACUGGCAGGUGUGGCGGCGCUGUCCUUCAUUACCGUCAUCUUAACGACGUAUGGCCUGCACUACCGGUCCGUCCUGGCAUGCUGCAUGUUUGGGUUUGCUGCAUGGACCCUCAAGGGUAACACCGCACGGCUUCACAAGGGUCUGUGGAUGCAGUGGGUUGGGUCGAUAGCGCUAAUGUCUCUACUGGUCGCGAGGCCCGUCGGCAUCAGGGACCUUAACUAUGAGCUUGUGCUGUUCAGCGGUCUGCUCGCUAUUGCAGUUGCCAUGGUGCUCAGGGUGAAAGUGCCCGAUAUGACAGUGAAAGCAAGAAGAUUGAAAAACAUCGCAAGUAAAUUCACAAUUAUACAGAUCAGCAUUAUGUGUCUGUCUACUGUGGUGCUGUAUUACACCGCGCACCUCACCUCGCAGGAUAUCCGGACACCGCUCCUCAACCAGGUCACCAGCUGGGCCAUAUUCAUUGUGUCCCUGGUGGAGCCCCUGAUUGUGAACACGGACGUACAGAGCCGUCUCGUGACCAUCUCUCUCGCCUUCAUCUCGCCAUACAUCCUCCUCUCCAUUGGCUGGGAGACGAUCUACUACAUCAUUCUGGUCUGGAACGCCUGGCUGCUCAUUGAGGUGGAGCGUAACCUCACCAAGUCCCAGCCAAUCUUCCUGCCCCGGUCCGGCCCUGACUCCAAGCCCAACCGGGUGCCGGGCAAGGCCAUCUCGACCGGAGGCAAGGGGGCGGUGAACGGACACAGCUCCGUCAAGCAGCACAAACACACGCGCUCCAACGACAUCCUUAUAAUGGAGCCUACAGUCACUGAGUGGAUGAGUCUGGACUUCAGUCCGGCCGCAAGCGAGUCUGAGAUGCAGUGUAAGCGCAAGGUCACAUCAGGCGACAUAAGGCGCGCGCUCUUUUUCUUCACAUUCUCCAUCGCAAACGUCAUGGGCACCGGGAACAUCUGUAGCGUUGCAAGUUUUGACGUACAGGACGUGUUCUGCUUCAUCACGAUAUCCGACCCCCCAAAGAUGGGACCUCUCAUGGUGUUUAAGCUGAUGAUGCCCGGGCUGGUUAUGGGCUGCUUCCUGCGGGUGGUCAACAUGGUGACCUUUACAUCCAUCAAGAACUGCAGCAUUCUCAUCAUGAUGAACCUCUGUGUAUUCAGUAUUGUAAACUUCGUCUGGGUGACGGAUGUUGGUAACUGGACCACCAUAGGAGAGAGCGUCAGUCAUCACGUGAUCGGUCAGUGUAUCUGCAUGUUCUGUUGCCUUCAGUUCGGAAUCGUCCAUCUCAUCACGUCCGUGAAAGUUUAGAUGCUACCUGUCGCCAUAUUUAUGCACUUUUGUAAUAAUAUUAUGCCAUAUUGUUUUUAAAUAAGUUAUUUACUUGCUUGGUAAUUUGAUUUGUAGUCACUAUGCAUUUUUUACAAGUUUUCCUUUGGGUACCCUGCUUCCCGCCGGGAGUUUAAUACCCCGCCAAAAUUGUAUAUCUUCCAGUAGCAACUAAGACAUUUCAGCGCUAGCUGAAAAUUUAACCCGACUUCCCGAUGCCUAAUACGUUAAACCAUUUUUGUCUAGCGUCAAGAAAAAAGGCCUUGGCAAACAGCGAGGACCCAUAAGAGGCGCCGCAUGAUGCGGCGUCUCAUCAGGGUCUGCGCUGUUUGCUUAAAGGAAUUUCGGUAAGAAAUAUUCUAAAUAUAGAAAUAAAUAUACUAGACAUCCCUAAUUUUGGAAAUAAAUUGAUCCAAUUUAGAAGGAUGGAAGAGUCCACUGGGCGUAAAUGGGUUAAGCAAGUAAGGGUGCUGGGACACACUCCUCAGAUAAUACAGCCUUUGCUGUUGUUAAAAAGAAACAAUCUGCGUUAUAUUUUUCUUCAAGCAAGCUUUGAUUAAGUUCAAUCCUUCUUCGUUAUUUUGCAACUAUGCGUAAUUUAUGACCUGUAUUACUGUUUCAAUUAUACAGAUUAACAAAGCCCAUUUUUGUCCCCUACCGUUUUCACUGGAGGGGACUUAUGGUUUGCGCUCUGUGCGUCUGUCUGUGAGUCGGUCUGUAUGUCACACUUUUCUGGAUCCUGCGAUAACUUUAAAAGUUCUUCAUAUUUUUUCAUGAAACUUAAAACAUGUUUAGAUGGCAAUAUGGAGAUUAUGCACGUCUUUUCAUUUUGUUCCUUCGUCAAGAAUUCUGGUUGCUAUGGCAACAAAUAUAAAAAAAAUAUAAAAAUCUGACAAUGGUGGAGCCGGUAGGGGACAUAUAUUGCUUGGCAUUAGUCUUGUUCAAUUGAUGUUUUUACUUAAAUACGUGCAUGUGUGCUCAACUGCAAAAAUGUUUCUAUUUUAUAUUGGUUAAUAGUUGUAUAAUGUACGAUCCACGGGGAGAUACAUCCGAAAUGUGGUCGUCUCUUUGACUGCAUGAUGACUAACUUAAAAGUCUGAAUGGUCAUAUACGUUGAUGUCUGAAUGGUCAUAUAAGUUGAUAUUAAGUCUGCAAUAAGACACACCUCUGCAUAAAAUGAACGAUAUGCAUGUGCAACCAUAUCAACACAUGGAAAUUAACUUGUGUUUGAAAAAAUAUACAACCUUAAAGAAUGUAUUAAACAACAAAAUAUAUUUUUCAUUUUAAACAUUAAGAGAAAUUGUUUCCGGCUUUGGCCCACAGAAAGCUAUGUUAGGAGAUUCUUAAGUUUUACGUUUUUGGAAGACUGUUUCGAAAUUUUAUGAUAACUACAACAUGUUUUUAUUUCUGUAUCGUUUUAUGAUUGGCAAAGUAUUGUUUGCCAUAAUUAUUUGAAGAAGAAACAUGUAGUAACUUUUCAAAAUAGGAAGGGUUAGAAAAAUAUAUUCGUUCUAGAUUUAUUUGUUCUUGAUAAAUAAACAUUCUUCUUUGACCGGCAGUGGAACUUAAA